AUGGAGGAUCGCUGUCACUUUUAUUUUAUUUUCGUCUUGAUAUUCAGUUAUAGUGUGAUAUGUGACGAUUGUGUUACUUUUGAUUUCGAAAAUGACUUUAAUAGUACGUUCAGUAAUGAAUUGGGAGUGUGUGUUACCCGAUUGAUGUGGAAUGUUGGAUAUUAUGAAAAUUUACCAAUCGAGAGCCCUGAUGCGAGCUCAAUCACUUACGUUUAUCCGAAUGAAAUUCUGAGUUGUGCUUCAUCUUUUAAAUUUUCAAUGUCAGGUAAUGGGAUUAUUGAAGUGAAUCUGUAUAUGGAACCAACCUCAAGCUCUGAUCAGAUUACGAUACUCGCGAAUCAGAUAGUAGAGGGUGGAAAUGACGCUGUUGUGGGGAAUUUAUUGAUCAUCGCUAUGGACCCUAAUUUUGUCAGCGGGUGGCGUACAGCCAGAAUGAAGCUGACUGGAUUCGGUACAUAUAACGGCUAUAUAUCAAUACUUGGAAUGGCGGCCAAAGAUUCAAUAGUUUUAGUUGAUUCAUUUCGAUACAUUCCGCCAGAAACUGUUGAAGAGGAAUGUAUCAUUUAUGAGAAAGUUGAAACAACAACUACAACUAUAACAACUAAGCCAGAAACUACAUCCACGAUGUCAGAUACGACUCUAUGGGAAUCAACAAGUGAUUAUCCAGAGAUUACUACAACCACUCAACCUGUAAUCACAACACAGAAUCCUGAACCUACAACGAUAUCACAGACAUCAGAAUCUGAAAUAACAACUGACGAUGAAACACAAUCAACUGUGUUUCCAACAACAGAUAACGAUUCAACAAUUACAAAUGGAGUUCCUGAAACAACAAUUACAAAGCCUGUGACGACAACAACGAUGUCACCGACAUCGGAAUCUGAAAUAACAACCGACGAUGGAACACAAACCACUGUGUUUCCAACAACAGAUAACGAUUCAACAAUUACAAAUGGAGUUCCUGAAACAACAAUUACGAAGCCUGUGACGACGACAACGAUAUCACCGACAUCGGAAUCCGAAAGAACAACCGAUGAUGGAACACAAACCACUGUGUUUCCAACAACAGAUAACGAUUCAACAAUUACAACUAGAGAUCCUGAAAUAACAACCGACGAUGGAACACAAACAACUGUUUUUCCAACAACAGAUAACGAUUCAACAAUUACAAAUGGAGUUCCUGAAACAACAAUCACGAAGCCUGUGACGACGACAACGAUAUCACCGACAUCGGAAUCCGAAAGAACAACCGAUGAUGGAACACAAACCACUGUGUUUCCAACAACAGAUAACGAUUCAACAAUUACAACUAGAGAUCCUGAAAUAACAACCGAUGAUGGAACACAAACAACUGUGUUUCCAACAACAGAUAACGAUUCAACAAUUACAACUAGAGAUCCUGAAAUAACAACCGACGAUGGAACACAAACAACUGUGUUUCCAACAACAGAUAACGAUUCAACAAUUACAACUAGAGAUCCUGAAAUAACAACCGACGAUGGAACACAAACAACUGUGUUUCCAACAACAGAUAACGAUUCAACAAUUACAAAUGGAGUUCCUGAAACAACAAUUACAAAGCCUGUGACGACAACAACGAUGUCACCGACAUCGGAAUCUGAAAUAACAACCGACGAUGGAACACAAACCACUGAGUUUCCAACAACAGAUAACGAUUCAACAAUUACAAAUGGAGUUCCUGAAACAACAAUUACGAAGCCUGUGACGACGACAACGAUAUCACUGACAUCGGAAUCCGAAAGAACAACCAAUGAUGGAACACAAACCACUGUGUUUCCAACAACAGAUAACGAUUCAACAAUUACAACUAGAGAUCCUGAAAUAACAACCGACGAUGGAACACAAACAACUGUGUUUCCAACAACAGAUAACGAUUCAACAAUUACAACUAGAGAUCCUGAAAUAACAACCGACGAUGGAACACAAACAACUGUGUUUCCAACAACAGAUAACGAUUCAACAAUUACAAAUGGAGUUCCUGAAACAACAAUUACAAAGCCUGUGACGACAACAACGAUGUCACCGACAUCGGAUUCUGAAAUAACAACCGACGAUGGAACACAAACCACUGAGUUUCCAACAACAGAUAACGAUUCAACAAUUACAAAUGGAAUUCCUGAAACAACAAUUACGAAGCCUGUGACGACGACAACGAUAUCACCGACAUCGGAAUCCGAAAGAACAACCAAUGAUGGAACACAAACCACUGUGUUUCCAACAACAGAUAACGAUUCAACAAUUACAAAUGGAGUUCCUGAAACAACAAUUACAAAGCCUGUGACGACAACAACGAUAUCACCGACAUCGGAAUCUGAAAUAACAACCGACGUUGGAACACAAUCAACUGUGUUUCCAACAACAGAUAACGAUUCAACAAUUACAAAUGGAGUUCCUGAAACAACAAUUACGAAGCCUGUGAUGACAACAACGAUAUCACCGACAUCGGAAUCUGAAAUAACAACCGAUGUUGGAACACAAACCACUGUGUUUCCAACAACAGAUAACGAUUCAACAAUUACAAAUGGAGUUCCUGAAACAACAAUUACAAAGCCUGUGAUGACAACAACGAUAUCACCGACAUCGGAAUCUGAAAUAACAAUCGACGAUGGAACACAAACAACUGUGUUUCCAACAACAGAUAACGAUUCAACAAUUACAAAUAGAGUUCCUGAAACAACAAUAACAAAGUAUGUAACGACAACAACGAUAUCACCGACAUCGGAAUCUGAAAUACCAACCGACGAUGGAACACAAACAACUGUGUUUCCAACAACAGAUAACAAUUUUCAAUCUACAUCCAAUAUAGAAACAACAAAAUCUGAUAUGACACCAGAGCCUGAUACUCCAGAUACAACACCAGGAACCAGUGGCACAAUCACAACUGACCACGAUGAUACAACAGAAAAGCCAAACUAUCCAGAAAAAACUGGAUUUUGGAAUGCAUUUACCAUAUCCAUGGUUAUCUUUCUAAUAUUAAUUAUUCUAAUUCUUACAGCUUUAAUAUCAUAUUAUAUUGGAAAAAGGAGAACUCGACGUGAUUCUCAAUUAACACUUACUGACUUUGAAAAUCUUCCUAGCUCGAUACAUAUUCCGAGGGUGUCAAAAGUUUGGACAAACUCAACGACGUUGCGAAAAUUGGCUACUAUCAUUAAAAUGGAAUAA